AUGGACAAAUUCCUGGUGAAGGGUCUUCUCAGGGAGCAUUUGGGAAAAGGUGUGGAGAAGAGCUUGGAGGAGGAACAAGACCAUGCAGGUGAAGACCCUCCUUUGUUGGGACCAGAAGAGGGGAGCCCAAGGAAAAGGCUGAGGAGAGACGCUGUGGAGGAUGGACCUGGCUCCGCAGGGCCCCGCUGGCGGCACAUUCGGGCUGAGGGCCUCGUCUGCGACUACAUAGUCCUGUUUGACCGAGCUGAGGCGGACAAGAUUUUCCGAGAGUUGGAACGAGAAGUGGAAUAUUUUACAGGGGCACUGGCCAAGGUUAAGGUGUUCGGGAAGUGGCACAACGUGCCCAGGAAGCAGGCAACUUACGGCGAUCCCGGGGUGACCUACUCGUUUUCAGGCCUCACUCUGUCUCCGAAGCCCUGGCUCCCAGUCCUAGAACGCGUUCGGGAUCAUGUUUCUCGGGUGACUGGACAUACCUUCAACUUUGUGCUCAUCAACAGGUACAAAGAUGGCUGCGACCACAUUGGCGAGCACCGCGAUGAUGAGCGAGAACUGGCUCCUGGGAGCCCCAUUGCUUCCGUCUCCUUCGGGGCCUGCAGAGACUUCUUCUUCCGGCAUAAGGAUUCGCGAGGGAAGAACCCCUCCCGGCGGCUGGAGGUGGUCAGGCUCGCGCUGGCCCACGGAAGUUUGCUGGUGAUGAGCCCGCCAACCAACACUCACUGGUAUCACAGUCUCCCUGUGCGAAAGAAGAUUCUGGCUCCGCGGGUCAAUCUGACGUUUCGUCAGAUUCUGCCUGCUAAGUAA